AUGUAUGGAAUAAAAUACCAACAUACUACACCGUAUCAUCCGCAAGCCAACGGUCUCGUCGAACGUUUACAUCCGGUUUUGCUCGGCUUACGCGCUGCUUGGAAGGACGAUAUCCAGACGACCCCGGUUGAAUUAGUGUACGGUGAGCCAAUUCGUUUGCCUGGUGAGUUACUCACUCCCAGCAAUAAAACAACACCUCAUAACAUUGUCAAUACUCUAAAACGUCAUUGUAAUUCAUUGGCACCGGCCAAAAUAUCGCGUCACGGCAAGCAUUCUGUAUUCUGUUCCAGGAACCUUAGUACUCGCAGUCAUGUACUAGUACGGAAUGACCAGGUUGGACCAUCUUUCACAGCGCCAUACGGAGGUCCAUAUCGUGUAAUAAUCCGACACGAUAAAUACUUCAUCGUCGAUUUUCGUGGACGAUAUAUCGCUAUUUCAGUGGACAGAUUAAAGCUGGUUUACGAGGCGAAUCAACACGACGAUGACGAUAACAAACUCCCUACCGAAUAA